UCUGAUCGUGGCGGUCGUGCGGGGCUUCGAGCUUGCGCACUGUCUUCGAAAUCGCAGACUCGGUGCGCGAGGGGCGCGUGGCGGCACCGGGGGUGUCAGUCACGGCCCAUCUGCCUACCAUCGAGCACAUCCAUGGCCAUAAUUAUAGCAACUAAUGACAGAUCGAUCGAGCCGUGAGGACGCAUCAGUUGCGGCUCGUGUCGCCUGGUAUGUAGUCGUUUAGAGAAGAAUAAUACGCGCAAGAAGAAAAGGAAACAGAAGAAGAAAGAAGUGGAAGAUAGAGAUAGCGUAACGUUGCGUAUAUUUAUCGAAGAAACGUCGCGUAUAUUUAUCGAAGAAACGUCGUGUACGAAGAAUCCACCGGAAAUAACGGUGACAUCGCGACAGGCAAAUGUCCUCGUCGAGCUUCCGCGAGAGCCCGUCGACGAGCUACUCACGAGAAGCGACACGAAACAGAGACACCGACGGCGACGCCAGACGUCGCUCUACCGCACGGUCAAUUUCACGAUAAAACUCCAAAGACGAGGAAGCUGAAUCUAGUCAAUCCGCGAUAACCCCUGGCUGUGUUUAUCCUCAAAAUCGUAAACGAUAGUGUUCAGCGAUCUUUUCGCCUUCUCGAGACCGGUCGCGUGUGAAACGAAUCGAAGAAAAAUCGAAACCGGGCAAGAAGCAAGUAGAGUAAGCAAGGGGAAGAAUCAACAACAAGGACGCCCGGCCCGAGAAGACGACGUCAAUAUUAGUUAUAGUCUAGUGAUAUAUACGAGAAGAAAAGGGAAGGAGAGUCAUGUAGAUAUCGCGUAGUACAAACGUAGCGCAUUUCAAUUCACGUAUACAUAUUCAUACGUACGUCGUGUCGAUUAAAUCGUAGUGGUAAAUUCUCGUUAAUUCAACGAUAAUCCGUGUGAUCGAAAAAAGCAAUAAAAAUAAAAAGGAAAUUUAAUUCGUUGUAUUCGUAAGUACGCGGACUGGUGUUCGGCUGUGCAGUAUCGCGUGUGAUUAAUCGUUGAGCACGAGUUUCGUGUUCCUUAUUCGAAAUUGCUAAAGGGACGGAAGAAAGUGCAUCGGCAGAAUGGCGUUCGCUGCGGCGAGAAUGAUCCUGAAAGACAAGCGGCGGAAGGCCAGCAAGGAAGACUUCGCGCCAAGAAACAGGAGCAAGGCCCGCAGCGCCAGUACAAGUAGCUUUAGAAGCCUGAGCCAGGCUCGCAACAAACCAGCAGAUGGAGUAGGCCAUGUGAAUCAAAAGGGCUCGACAGGUCAAAAAGCGCCAUUGACAGCCGGGCAGAAGGUGGCGCCUGGUGCGAAAGUUGCAGCGAAACCAGCUCAGAAACCCUCUGCUCAAAAGGGACAGGUUAAGGUUACGCCAAAAGCAGCUUCCGUGAAGACUGGGAAGAAUAAAAAGAAGGGUCAGAGGCAGCAGUACGACCUUAUCGUCACCAUAAAUCUGUCUGAAUAUGGACUCACGGAGGAUCAAGUGGCCGAAUUCAAGGAAGCGUUCAUGCUCUUUGACAAGGACGAAGAUGGCACUAUCACUAUGGCGGAACUUGGCGUGGUUAUGCGAUCUUUGGGGCAGAGGCCGUCUGAAACAGAAUUACGAGAUAUGGUGAACGAAGUGGAUCAAGAUGGCAAUGGUACCAUCGAGUUCAAUGAGUUCCUGCAGAUGAUGUCAAAAAAGAUGAAGGGUGCCGAUGGAGAGGACGAAUUGCGUGAGGCAUUCAGAGUAUUCGACAAAAACAAUGACGGCCUGAUCUCAUCGAAGGAGUUGCGACACGUAAUGACGAAUCUUGGAGAAAAAUUAUCGGAGGAAGAAGUGGAUGAUAUGAUCAAGGAAGCGGAUUUGGAUGGCGACGGAAUGGUGAACUAUGAAGAAUUUGUGACAAUCCUGACGUCGAAGAAUUAGUUCGAUGACCAUGGAUCGGACAAGAAGCUAUCCAGCUGCCGGAAGUCUUCGUCGAAGAAUAGAAUCAAAUUCGCGAAAUCGUAGCAAGAUGGUCAUCCUAUCGAACUCCGCCAUCGGAGACAUCGAUGAAAAGUCGUGAAACUAACAAUGUGGGAAAGUAGCUGAAAACUCUUCGAAGCUCAUAAAAUAAAAAAAUACCGAUGUAUCUUUGAUUCGACAAGGAAGACGAGCAAGCCCGGGUUCAAUCAAUUCACGUGGCUCGCAGCUCUUUUCCCGCAUGAGGGUAAGUCAUAUCGGAAGACUGAAAACUGUGUCUCGAGCGAUGGAGUAAUGAGCGAUGGUUGAUGGUGAUGGAAAGUUUGCAAGAAAGAUGGAGAGAGUGUGAGUAAGGGAAACAGCAAUGUGACUUCCGCAGUUGCACACGCAUACACGCAUACACACCUCGCUCCUUCGAAUUAAUUUUACAAGUAUAAGUUAGCGAAAUGACAUUAUACGUGAAAACGAGUGAGGUGCUCGCUCCCGAAACAAUCAACUGAGCUUCGUUUAGCGUUUACCUACCUACUAUCUAUACUCUCUAUUAAUGCUAUACAACGUCGUUAUUGAUAUUGUUAGGAAUCAAUCAAUCCUUCUCCAUCCUUCGCCGAUCUCAUUUACACGAUACUUCUGGCAUGACGAUCUCGUUCAAGAGCGAAUCGCUAUCGAUGGCCUAAAAAUUGUACCGUAGAAUCGCACGCAAUGUUGAUGCGAUACGUGGCAUCGAAAAGUACAAACGGUAUUAGACCGAAGUCGUCUUGUUCGUUACAUCAAAAGAAGUUACGCUGUUGGAACAUAUUUGCUACAUGUUGCUAACUUGAUAUUUGAGGGAUGCAUCGGUCGAGACAAUUUUAACGUAACGCGUUCGAUCGAUAUCGACGAUACGUGUGCCGGGAUUGGAAUGUAGCGAAAUUUUUGAAUACCGAAGAUCCACAGUGAAACGAUCGAGUAACUCGUCAUUCCUCUUCACUUCUGUCGUUCGAUCGGUAUUGUUCCUCCAAUUUUUGUAGAUUCGCUUGUAAACGAGACGAAUCCUCCCGGCUCGUUGUCGAGUCGGAUUUUAAACAUUAAUUGUCAUAAACAUUCUGGCCGCGGGACUCGACGCGAGAUAGCUCUAUAACGAUCUGUCUUCAAAUUUAGAUGAGUGUCGUUGGCAAGUAGAUUAGUUUUAACGAUGAUAUACUCUCGAUGGCAGAAUUUUUAGACGCAUGUUAUGGCGACAUGCCAACACAGUCGCUGGAAAGCAAGAAUCAAAGCAACAGUAGCGGAUUUUCCUUAAAUGUAAAACACCAAUCGUAGGGAUUUCUCGAUCCUUAAUUUUGUCGAAGAAACUUUUGUACCAAAUCUUUCCCAUUUUUUUUUUCUCUCGUUUCUUCUUUCUUUUUUUUUUUUUUUUUAAGCUCGAACAAAGAGCUGAGAAUCUCGUGAGUGUACCGCUCUUGUUGUUAGUCCCGAAUUCUAGAUUUUCACCCAUGUCGGCUCUCCUAUACCAAACACCGUCCACCUGAAACCUCGACAUUCUCACCCACCCACAGGCCAACUGUACUACGUCGUGCACCUUUAGAUCCUUAAGAUAGGAAAGCCACAGCCGUAGAUCGUGAUAGAGGAUAGUUAAUUAGCGCAUAGAGGAAGUACACCUAAUAAAUGAUGCAUUAUACACAUACCUAUUAUAUAUACCUAUACAUGGUGUUACUACCGGAAAUACUUGAAGUAACGUUAUUAUGGAUAUUCAUAUAUAUAUUUAGUAUAUACUUAUACAUACAUACGUACGUACAUAUAUUAUAUAUACAUAUACACGUUAGCGACGUACGUCGGUGGUAUACUGGCAUUGAUAUUUUUAUGGUUUUAAAAAAAAUACAACAACAAGAACAAAUAUUAGUGUCAGAAAGAGCGACAGAACGAAAGAGAGCGAAAAUGUGAGCGUGAGUGAGCGAGAAAUAGGAGUGAAAGAGAGCGAGAGAAAGAAAUAUCGGUUGGUCGGUCGAAGCGCGGAAAAUUGAAGCGCGUGUACAUAAACGAAACAUUGAAACGGGAGAUACGGAUAAACGGGAUAAAAUAAAUAAGGGGAGCUCUUAUAAGCGUGUUAUUACAAAAGGUGAUUCGUUUUAUCCUUAAUGCGUGUCGAAGGAUGGUAUGCGAAUAUUACUAUUGUUAUCGUUGGUAAUCGUUGGUCACACGAAGCGGUGAUUUCGCAAAUGUAUACACAACAUACACAUAGAGAUAGACAAUAAAUUCUGUUCUUUAGUUAAGUAACACGCAUAUAUUUACAUUGCGUUGUUCGGCUCGACCGCUAGGUAGGUAAGUUACAGAUCUGCGAACAUCAUAUAACGCGAUUAGGAUUUGGGAAAGGUAUUUUUCAGAGAACUCGAUGUGCUUACCUAAUUACGCGAUCGUCCUUUUUGGCUGCCUCAUGCCGUUGCUUUACAGCGAAAAGAUUAAUAUUUGCCAUAGAAAAAGGAAAAUUUUCGUAAUACGUUGCAGCUUUUUAACAUUUUGAUUGCUUCGAUUUUAAGUUUCAUCAUUUUGUCUAAUAUUUUUCCCCUUUUCGGCUCUUUGAUCUUUCCUUAUCGCCGAUGAAAGUUAAGCUCUGGGUUGAAUACGUUCGAUCUACGUUUUCAACCGUCUGACAUUGGCGUGAUGCAAAGCUACGCACAACGUAAUCGAAAAAGCCGCGGACUAUGCAAACUGCAAAAAGGAGGAUAUAAGGAAACUAUAACAUGCAAAUAUAAAACAAGACGCUUCGACAGUUAAAACAUAAAAAGAGCUCUAUAAGUCGACAAAAAAAUAGUAAUGUAUAACGUCCCGAAGACAAUAUCUUUAACGAUUUUAUUAAAGGAAGCUAUUCGAGAUUUACCUCGAGAGAAGGCCUACGUUUUGCCACGUGUGUACGAGACGAUAGAUUGUAGAAAGAUUGUCAAAGAAAAAAAGAGAGAGAGAAAGGGAGAGAGAGAAAAGGUGAGAGCGAGGAUGGAAUGAUAGAGAAACGAGAAGUUUUAUGAUGCAGGAGUUACGAGAAAGGUGCUGUUUAGUUUAGACAUUAUCGAUCUUUUCCCUUUACAAUCAUUAUGCUCUUAUCUUACUUGAAUCAGUGCACCUUUUGUUACAUCUAUUUUGCAAACACUCAAAUCCUUUCCCUUUUAACUUUUCUACAUACUUCGUUCAUUAUACACUUAUUUCACAGACUAUAUGAUAUUUUUCUUGAAAGAUUGCGACGAAUGGAUCGGUUCAUUUGGAUUUAUGAGAUGCACGAAAUUUCACUGCACCCCAUGAGUUAUUAUUUCGACUUUCCGUCUUAGAGGAAACUUAUCUAUAAGAAUAUCAACAAAUGCUGAACACAAGUACAAGGAAUCGUCAAUAUCUGUAUAUAUCACUCCCAAAAAUCGUAGCCGAAUCAGAGACCUUGAGAUCGCUGGGUCGAUUGCCACAUUGGUUCGGGCAUGGAAUAAAAGAGAAACUUGCAAUUCCCCACUGGGAGUAUUUUCAGUUUGCAAGGCGACACUAAACGCACACUUGUCACGCGCGCUGUAAUAGGUACCUCUUUCAUUAAUACAGAUCACUCACGGUCUCACCAGGUCUCUGAUUGCCUGCACGGUUCUUUUACUUGCGAACUUAUCUCGCCAUAAAUCUCUGUGGCAAUAAAUAUCCUACUUUUCCCCUCCCGGAAGAUACAUUAACUCCGCUUUGCAAAUCACACUAUGCAAGAAAUCCUUUUGAUUAAACCUCCGAGUGCAGAGCUGUUUCUGAUAUGCCCUUAACUCUUAAAAGCUAUCAUAAUUCAAAGAAAAUUUCACCGUGGUAGAUUUUUUUUUAUUUUAAGAACUAAUAAAUUCAACGAUACAAAUUAAUAAAUCGAUUAAACGAGAAGAGAAAAAGAUUAUCGUUCAUAACGAUUAUAAAUAACAUUGCGAUGGUAUUAUAAAGAGAUACAGAAACCAGAAUGAUCAUUAAAUUUGAUCAAUGAUAGCUUUUAAGCGUUAAAAUAUUUGUUUCACGCGGGAGUGGCGACAAGUAUUAUAACGACAGACAGCCCAACCCUAUCACGAUUACCGAAAAGUAUUUUUAUAGAAUACUCUUCGAGCCAGAUAUUUACAUCGCGUUAUAUUCUAUUCUAUAUAUUAUAUUACAUUAACAUCAAUGUAUACGUGCGUGUACAAAUUGUAUAUCAUAUUAUAUGAUCCUACUCUGCUGGCAGAUUUCAUUGUAGUUAUUAUGCGUCCGAACGAGGAGUCGACAACGUUUGUAUUCGUCGCGAGACGGCAAUUAUGCGUUAAAUUGAUUAUAUAUAAAUCGUCCUUAAGAGGAAUAUGCAAGUCUUCCUUCAUUUUAAUCUGCACUAUUCGAAGUUGGAGGAUGUUCGUAGGAUUUAGUUGUACGGCGUACCUGCUGAUUGCGUUGUGUCCUCUGAGGGUGUGCGUUACUUCUACCCGAAAUUAUUUCCGGAUAAAAUCGCUCAACGACGAUAUUCUGUGUGUUUUUGAACACCCGAUAAGUCGAAACAUUGAUUCGCCUAAUCGUGGUCGUGUAAAUCUGUAGAUCAGAGCCGCGACUCGUUAGAGAAAUACUCGAAGACUAAUCUAACUGAAUAAGCCGUGUUUUGUUUUACGAUAAACGUUUCGAAAAUUCUAAGAAUAAUUGUAAAAGUUCCACUUCAUUUUAUACUUGACAAAUUUUUUUAGGAAAUUAUAAAAAAUUUAUCUCUGCUUGUUUUAUUCGUAUCGAUCCUAUGGUACUAAUAGAACUUGAAAAUGGCGUGUUAACACGAGAUGUUCGAGAUAGAUACGCUUGUGUGUUAUAAUUUAUAUUGUGAACAUGUGUCUAUAUUUUAAAUGAGUAAUUGCGUUUACGUCGGAAGUAGUAGUCGGAAGUACAUUUUCAUAGAGGUUUGAUACACCGAUGAUCCAACCGAAGUUAAAAUUGUUAUAAUCGAGAAUUGCAUAGGAUUCCUUUGUUUCAGUAAGAUUAAAAGAAUCUCAAAGAUCGAGAUUCUAUGGAUUAAUUUCAUCUGUCCUCUUCCUAAAAUCCUAUGCAUUUCUUCGAGUCUUUCGCUUUGGUUGAUUCCAGUUGUUCUAAAGUUUGCUGAAGUUUCUCAAAAAGUUUGUUCAAUACUCGCAGUACAUUAUAAACAAUGUCCGUAAUCGAACUUAAGGAACGCGUGCUUGUGGCUUUCUACGAACAAUGUGAAACCGGAGCCACACCAAGAAUGAUCAAGGACCGCGUAAAAGAACAGGGGAAACGAAAACUAGUUGAUAUCAAACGAGUUGAAUGAUGCAAAGGUAAUCAAAUAAAUAUAUGUACAUUGCUAGAUACGAAAAAAGAAACCUCAUUAACUUAGGUGUAUAAUAAUUGUAAUCGUUAAAUAAGUGUAACUAUGUUGUACUAGUCAUGAGACCGUCUCGUAUCUUGAUAAGCAACAGUAAGUCAUUGUACUCGAGAGAUUCGGACUGUUGUUACGUCGAGACGGUUUCUCGGAUCGGUUGUUUGUUAGUGUAAUUAAAUAUAUAUAUUUUUCAUCCAUUGGCUGACGUAAAAGUACCCGCGCUUCGCAAUGAGAUCGAGAAAGAUUAUGAAGAAUGAUUUAAAACAAAAAAAAAGACAAGCGAACCGAUUGCGUGCAUUACUCGCAAAAAAUUAUAAAAAUCGAAGCGUUUAGAUACCGAUUGCAUCGUUGAAGCCCGGAAGAUUCACGAUUCGUUGAUUAAAGAAUUUCUUGAUCGAGAAGAUUUGGAAUUGCAUGAUCGUGUAACGCUUUUCCUAGGUUCGGAGUUCGUUACGUGCCAUCGUUUAAAGGGUACAUAAAAAACGGUCAGGAGCAAAUGACAUUAAUCAAAGUGUCAGAGAUGGUGUCAGAGACUUCCAAAUGAUACUCAAUCAUCGCAUCGCGAAUCCUUUGAUUUGCCAACAUUAUGUUUGCAUACGAAAUAGGCGCAAUGCCUUACCAUCUAUACGUGUUAAUUCCGAGGUACCUAAGGGAUUUUUUUACAACAACAAAAAAGAUGGAUUUUUAUAUCUAUUUUAUUCGAUCUUCAGUUUACGAACCGUAUCAAUCAAAAUUGAACUUUCUGAAAAGAAGAAUCAAAUUUUAAAACAAUUUCCUUAGGUGUCCAGGUACUACACGCAUUGUAAUUCUUCCCUCGUACACUCGCUACUGCUAUCGUAUGUAUUCUUCAGUUCGCCUAAUAUAAAGCGAGCUAACAUAGUAGCAUUGCAGCUAGGCAGUACAAUAUAUCGUUGGAACUCCGACCCAAACACAAUGACGAUCAAGAAUAAUUAUUGUAAUAAGAAAAUGUCUUUCAUUACUUUAUUAAACGAUCACGAGUACAAGUCGUGUUAGUUAAACGAAUAUACGUGUGUAUAUCCAAUAUAGAAGCAAGCUAAGGGAGAGCCAUUCGAUAGGUCUUUGGUUCUUCGUGGGGUGCAAAUAACUUUAGAGGAUAGAGGAUACGGCGUGGAAAUGCGUUAAGAUGUAAUAAGAAUGAAAAUUAUCUUUGAGAUGUAUCGAAAAAAAAAAAAAAAAUAGCGUAAAAACUAAGUCAAGCGAGGUUACACCGGAGAUAUCGCACUGUGAAUGAGAAUAUUUAUAUUUUUACUUAGAAAAAUGUUAUAAUAACGUUGGUAAUGUCUAAUUCCCAUCCGAUAAGGAAUGUUUAUAACGUUAUUUUUCUAGAGUAUAUAUCUAAAUGCUUAUUAUUAUGUUAUGACGAAACGUGCUCUCAAGCGAGAUCUAUUAUUAUACAAUGCAUUAUUUGUUCAUUGUAAAUAUUGCGUUUGCUUCGAUUACUUCAUUAUCUUUACAAUUUCUCUAUAAGCGGCAGCAGCAGCAGAAUAUAUAUAUAUAUCAAUAUUACACUUAUAACAAUUACUAUUGUUCUCUAAAUCUCGUCGCGAGUGCUCACAAGGAAUGUGCACGUACAAUACAACUAAUGUAUUUCUCGUGGUGUUCAUUACAAUUUUACUGCUGUAAAUAUUAUUUACGUUUAAGUUGAAGGAAUGAGUGAAUACCUCUAUACGACUAAUAGAUAGGUGGCUAUUGUUUAUCGCUAAAGUUACGAGAACAUUAUAUUUCCUUGAUCUUUUUACAAUGUCAUUGUCAGUGAUUAAUUUCGAUCUCGUAUUAAAAAAGUUCUACUAUGAAGAUUCUUUGAUUAAAACAUUCAGAGGAUGGUAAAAUUAGCCAUCACAGAAUAGAAAGAAAAGAACAUUGUAAUAUAAAACAAUCUCUUUCCUUUCGCUUUAUAUCUUCUUACCUUCGCUUGAAAGCGAUUGAGACAGGAAAAACAAGAACGUUCUCAGUUAGUUAUUAUAAAACGUUAUUAUACGUCUUUUAACUUUACUGUCAAUCUACUACGACCAUUUAUUCGAAUAUUCCUUUAUAUCUUCAUAGAAGGUAUUUUGUUCUCUACCUGCGGUACCUGCGAUUGAUGGUUCUUAAUCAGAUUUGCUCCACUCACGUUUCGUCGUAAAGUGGAAAAAAAUGGAAGCGCUGGAAAUUGUGGCGAGAGUGCAGUAUGUAUGGUGUUAGCUGUAUGAAAUCAUGUUACGUGUAAUGUUAUGUACUGUAAGAUUAGAAUACAUCAUAAAAUGGUGAUGGCGUGUACUGCUGGAAUGUAAUACAUGUAUCGAGUUACCCCUAAAUACAGCCAUUUUAUAAUGGA